AUGACGAGCCCAGAUUCGCAAACGGAGGAACUGGACCGAGAAUUUCUCGAUACCAUCACGGUCCAGGGCCGCGAAUAUCAGAAGUAUUCAAUCGACAACCGCAUAUAUUUCGGACCAAUCGACGAUGAGGAAGCCCAGCGUCUUGAUGAGCAGCAACGAGUGUUCCAACGGAUUUUCGACCACCGAUUGAUCUUUCCGCCCAUCCGGCGUCUGCGAAGAAUACUGGACUGUGGCCAUGGGUCUGCAUCCUGGGCUGUGGAAGUUGCCGAACAGCAUCCAGAUUGUCAAGUCAUUGGCGUAGACAUUGCCCCGCACAUGAGCCCAGACAAUGUGCCCGAGAAUCUGUGGCUUCAGGUUGAUGAUUUGAACCGGCCAUUCACGUUCCCUUCGAACCACUUCGACCUUGUCCACUCUCGACUCCUUGCGACCGGCAUCCACCGCAACCGAUGGCCAACCUACAUCAACGAUAUCGUCAGGGUAUUGAAACCAGGAGGAUGGGUUCAAAUGGUCGAAAUAUACUUCAACGUACAGUCUGACAACGGCUCGCUUACCGACCAGCAUGCUCUGAGGAGAUGGAGCACCCAGUACAUGCAGGCACUGGAAGACAAGAAGGACUUGCGAGUCGCGUCAAAGCUGCGGAGCCAUUUCCAGAGUUCGGGGUUGGUGGAGAUCGACAGCAAGAUGAUUCAGCUCCCUUUGUCGGCAUGGUCAACCGAUCCGAGAAUGCGAGCCAUCGGGCAGUCCAACAGUGACAACAUCCAAGAACUCCUUCGAUCCUUGGCGCUGUACCCUCUCACACAACGGGUGCACAUGUCGGCGCAGAACUUCGAUUCGUUGGUGGAACAAGCGCGGGAGGAGGCAAGGAAUCAUUCCUUCAAAGCAUAUUUUCCAUUAUACGUUUGCAUUGGCCGAAAGCCCUCAUGA